UUCGCUUCAAAAAGUUGUUAAUUAAUUUUUUUUCUGCUUUGCCCAAAAGGAUUUUAUUUUUUUGCUGUAUUUGUUUCGCUUGCGAAACUAGUUUUUAUUCAAAAUGAAAUUGUUUUUAUGUGCCAUUGCUGUGACACUUUGUGUGGCGGCAACAACUGGAGCUGGAGCUGGAUCGGCAGUUAAUUUCGAGUGCCCGAAACCGAAAGGUCAGUUUCCGGAUGAGGAGCAAUGCGAUAAAUAUUAUGUGUGUGAAGAUGGCGUUGCCCAGGCGAAACUUUGUCCCGAUGGCCUCGUCUUUGAUCCCCUCAAUCGCAAGAUCAACAAAUGCGAUCAGCCCUUCAAUGUGGACUGUGAGGAUCGCACAGAGUUGCAGGAGCCCAAAUCCACCAAGUUCUGUCCGAGACAAAACGGCUUCUUUGCCCAUCCAGAGGCGAGUGUCUGCAAUAUUUUCUACAACUGCAUUAAUGGCGAUGCCCUGGAAAUGAAGUGUACCGUCGGUCUCCACUUCGACGAGUACUCCGGUACCUGUGUGUGGCCCGAUACUGCCAAGCGUGAGGGCUGUGGCGAUCCAGAGAAAAAAUCAGAGAGCGGCUUCUCCUGUCCCAAGGAUCAUCCAAAGAUGGAUGUGCGUGGUCAGGUGGUAACCCAUCCCAAGUAUCCCCAUCCCAUGGAUUGCCAGAAGUUCUACGUGUGCCUGAACAAUGAGGAUCCCCGGGAUUUGGGAUGUCAGCUGGGCGAGGUCUACAACGAUGUUACCGAGAUGUGCGAUGCGCCCGAGAAUGUGCCCGGUUGUGAGAAUUGGUACAAGGAGAGCGUGGAAGAUAAUUAAGCACUAAAAUUGGCUGCUUGCCACCCGCCGAUAUACAAAAAAUUCUCUUUCCUCACCGCGCGCGUCUACUACAGCUAUCCACAUGUAUAUCUCUAUUGCCAAAACUUCAGAAACAAAAGAAAUACACACAAACUUGGACAGAUCCUUGAAAGACACGCGCUUCGUAGUCACUAAAACUAAAAACUAGUAGUUUCUAGCCUAUUUCCUAUAGCGUUACUUAAUUUUCAUUAUUCGAUUCGUCACUCGUUACUCGCUACUUUGCAAAAUCUAGUUUCUCAAUUCUAUUUUAUAAUUUCACUCGUUACUCUGUUUUCCACUUUUCAUAUUUUUUAUAAAACUCUUUCUUUAUCUUA